AUGUCUGCCCAACCCAACGACUUGACCGCUCUUGUUAAGCUCAUCUCUGAUUCCGUGGCCGUUGUGACAUCGGAGUAUGCAAAGGCGGGACACGCUCCCCCAUCUUUGGAGUCAACGGCGCAAGAUCCUUUCCAUUCUCCUGAAUUAGUGCCCGAACAGUUGGCAGUCGCUAUCAAGACCAUCGAGGCUGCAUGCGCGCAACUCAGCGCUACGGUCACAAGUGCUGGGCAUGUUGUAACGAAUAAAGCAUACAACUUCAUGGAGCCAGUGUGCAUGAGCGUAGCCCUGGGUGCGAAAGUUACUGAACACCUCCUCGAUAAGCCCAAAGGAUUACACGUUGAUGAACUUGGGCGUCUGACCGACCAAGAUCCCGGGAAAUUGGGUCGCGUCCUUAGGACACUCGCAACGAACCAUGUUUACACCGAAGUGACACCCAACGUCUUUGCCAACAACCGUCUGUCCAUGAAAUUACUUUCGACUGAUCCCGUUUCAAGCCUCGUUCGCAUCAUGACUGACGAGUGUCUGAAAGGCGGUGCUGUUGUGGGAGACGUUUUCAAGGACCCUACAACACGCAAGUCGUAUCGCCUAGAAGAUUCUGCUUUCCAGCGCGCCCAUGGAGUCUCCGUUUUUACUCACUACGGCGGACCGGAGAACCCAGAGGUCUUCGAGAGCUUUGCACAAGCCAUGGUUGGCUGGGCACAAGUUACGGGGAGGGCAAUGCUUCCGAAAAUCUACCCCUGGGGCAGCCUUCCUGCUAAUUCCACUGUGGUCGAUGUCGGUGGUGGCAACGGCCAUGCCACUCUUGACCUACUCAAGGCCUUCCCGUCUCUUAAGAUAAUCGUCCAGGAUACCCCUCCCGUGGCCAUACAAGGAAAAGAGUAUUGGGAGAAAGAGUACCCAACUGCGAUUCAAGACAAGAAGGUUGAUUUCAUCGGGUUUGAUUUCCUAGCAGAAUCACCCGUAACGGAUGGCACGAUAUAUUACCUGCGACACGUGCUGCACGACUGGCCCGACGACGACUGUAUCAAGAUAUUGAAAAACGUAAGGAAGUCUGUAAGCCCCAAGAGCCGGCUCUUAAUCAACGAAUUUGUUGUUCAAUAUAUCGUCCGCGGAGGACUAGCGUCAGAGUCCCAGGCACCUGCACCUCUCCUUCCCAAUUAUGGUGCAGCGAAUAGGAGACUCUACCAACAAGACAUCAACAUGCUGCUCCAAUUUAACAGUAAGGAACGUACGCUGGACGAGUUCAUCAAGUUGGGAGAAGCGAGUGGUUUCCGCUUCCAGAAGUUGUGGGACGGCGGCGAGGCAGGAAUCGUGGAGUUUGUUCCAGCUUAG